ACGAAUGAACUUAUUGCCACAGAAUCAGAAUCCAACCUACCUCCCGCCCCCUCUCUCUCUCUCAUAUCCACUGUAUGCAAAAUCUCUGCAGUGUGUUGAUGUCGUUUCACUGUUCACUGUGGAAUCGUCAUAAAAACAAUAAUAAAAAAGUGAUUAUGAUAAUAAUGAUAAAAAAAGCCUGUUCUUGGUAUCUUUCUUCUGUUCAUCCUCUGCGUCGGUGUGGCUGUCCGUGAAUGUAGAAAUUUGCGUCAUCUUUUUGAAAAGAGCCAAGGAACAGGUCGAGGAGGAGGAACAGAGUGUUUCAUAUCCUCCUGAGUAAAUGGGGUGUUUCUCUUGGCAUACUGCGUAGUUUCAGUGAUAUCAGUAAUGUAAAUGUGCUAUUUGUUCAGCUGACAUUGCUCUCCUGGUGUCUAUACAACUGCAACAGACGAAGUAAAGACUGACGUAUUUCUGCGUAUUAAAAAGGAAACCAAACUAAGUGAUACAGGAUAAAGGAUGCUCACGAUAUAUUUUGCGAUAGAAGUGGAUUGAGAGGCGGUAUUACCCGGAGAUGUAUUCUCAUUCUUGUUACCUGGCUGUGUGGAAACCGCAGGAUAUGGAUGACCACAAUGGCGAUGCACACCAUAUCUCCACAAAGCAGCCUUGAAGCGAAAGACGUAUACGUCACUGCUUUCAGCACAUGAUCAUGAUAAGAGAUCGCCAUUUCCCUGUGUACAAGCAGAAGGCUUUGUAAGAACAUAGGGAUCUUGAAACACUUCAUGAUUAGAAUGAGAUACCUGAGAGACGUGGGCGACGCAGGCAAUGAAAAAAAAAAAAAAAAAAAUCGGUCGCGUUGGCAUGCUGCGGACGUUGAGGGGAAGGGGCGGCAGGGGAUGCGGCGUUUUAACCAUUGUAUUCCCUAAUCGGCACCCGUAUCAACGAUUAAAGGGGGAUCGGAGUAGGCCAGGCACCAACGUGAGGCUGACAGACAGUCGUGCACGUGGCUUGGGGAGGAUCGGAACAGCAACCUGGGUGCCGUAGGUGUUAAUUUUUCUUCGACUUCACUUACCGACUCACGAAAGAAGAAAAACGCGCGAGCUUUCCGGUUCUUGAGAAUCAUCAUAUUAAUUGAAGAUCAUCGAGUCUCUACAACUACACUUAAAACAUUUUUGGUUUGCAUUGAGGCUUGCAGGAGACUGAAGAAAAAGGACAGGAGAUAAACUGAAGAGAGACGCAGUCGUAAGAGACCAACGCUCACCAUCAAUCAUGAGCAGCAUGAUGGAGUGUUUCGUUAAUGGAGGGUGUCGGGGUGUCACUUCUGGACAGACUUCUCAGGAGGUCACCGAUGAGUAAAGAGACGCGGGGCCGGUACUCGAGUGUAGCAUAUUCUACCCUGGAGACAGAUACGGUGCCCGCUGUUGACCUGAAGAUGGAUAACAGAGGGUUCGAGAAGGAGAGCCGAACCAUUCCUGACGAAGGCAUCUACCCGACUAUACCGCCCUCACAGGAUGAGUAUAUGCCACAUGAAGCGGAUUGCCCCUGCGUGGAAAGCCAGACGGAGUGUUCUUGUGGCAAAGCUAAACCAGACACUGCAAAGGUUGAGCUACAGGCGUGGGUCAAGCCCAAGGGGUGGAUGCUGCUAGGACUGGGUCUGGCCCUCGUCGCUUGGUGCACUAUUUACUUCACGCUGUCAGCUCUACAGAUGCUCUAACGGCCUGGUGCAAGAUUUCUAUCAUCGAUAUCUUCCAAGAAUCCGUGUGUUUUUCCGAGAACCUGUAAAUGUUGCCGGGAUAAAUAAGAACAAAACUGCCUCACGUAAAUCAGGAACGAUAUAUUUCUUGGAACGUGCAGACGAGCGUGCAGUGUGUCGCAAAGUGUGUUGCUAGCAAGUCAGAGGAGUGCUUGGUGUCAGUGUAUCACGGUGCUAUUAGAAAGUAGUUUAGUAAGCAAUAAUACACGUAGUCUUCAUGUGCCUCCUCUACUCCCUUUUUGAAUAAUCAGUGAAAAAAGUAGGAAAAUAUUCAGAGCAUCAAGACUAUGCCACAGCCGGGGGAGCAUACCUCACUGGCGCCACACAAAGGAGAGACACAGGUAGCGGAGAAAGGGACCAAAAAACAUUAUCAAGCCCCUGGAGACCCGCGAAUGGAGACGCACAGUGACCGCUGCGGCGCGACAAACUCAGGGACCAGCUGCUCACAGGAUGGAAAGUGUGGAGUGGACAACCGGCCCGGCGUGAGAAGUGGCUACGGUUCUGUCGACACAGUCAGUGUGUGUCGGUCAUGUCAACACCUUUACGCCGGGAAUGUCGAAGUUGUCCUCUCCCCGGCGUGCCUCGAGGACCACCUGCCCCAUCCUGACCCAGCAAACCCCAGCCCAGUCUCCGUGCACAGGCCGUGGGCAGCGCGCAAGUACGAAGGUUUGUGUGAUUGCGGAGCUUCGGUGAGCGGCGGCGUGUGUGCGUGUCCCGGAAGAGCUUCGCACGGGACUCUGAAAACAUUCCUUUCCUGCGAGACCCCGUGCUUGCAAAAACUGAAGGUCGCCGUUCUGGUUUUAGCAGCUAUUAUUCCCUGGGUGUUUUUGGUGACAUAUAUCGUCCUUACCAGCAUCUGACCUCCAUCGGUAGCCAGAACCCGUCGCCGGGCCCGGGUUGAGAGUCCCUGUUGCCAUACUCCGUAAUUUCAUUCUGACAGACAGACACUGGCAGCGGUCGACCAGCGGAAAUGAAUUUUUACUUUGAUGACUCCUAUAACCUGUUGUCAAGUGUGUUAAAGUGGCAUUAUAUGAAGACGUGGUGAGUUAAGCAUAUGCACGUAGGUUGUGACUAGCUGCAGACCGUGAGAUGUUCUUUCUCAUGUCAUCGCAGGGAAGGUAGGUGUCAUUUGUUGGUGUGAGCGUGCGUAUAGCAGCAACAACAGUAGUAACAGUACUGUGAUCACAGUUUUGUAUUGGAAAUGGAUAAGCUCGCUCAUGUUGUUCUAAUUUUGUGUACAAUCUGUGAUGUUCGUUGUGUGGGAUAUUUGGGACACCCAACACCCCAUUAAUUAAUAUUAACAGUCGCUGAUCAAAGCUUCGAAGCUUCACAUUGUAUGCUUACGAGUGACUUUUGAGCCAUUAGGUGAAUGCGUCGGAAACCUUUGCGAAUCAGCGACUCCCCCAGCUAAGUUAAUCAAGAAGGAAAGUUAUGUCGUUUUCUUCUAAAGAGAUAAAAUAAAAUAAAGCAUAAUAAUAAUAAAAAAAUAUAUAUUUGUCAGAAAAGCACUUUUCUUAGGGCUUACCAAGCGUUUCGCUCUCAGACUGAAGCUCUUACCGCUAAAAUUUCCUUUGUGCAUCACUGGAGACAAUUACGAGAUUGAGGGACGAUGUGUUCCUCAUACACCGCAUGGUAACAAGAUUUUUACUUGGCAAUAAAUAUCUGUUCAGUAAGUAGCAAAAAAUAAUUGUAUUGUGGUGAUUCAUUCAAACUUGUAAAAAUAUGAUGCGCAACUACACAAGCUUUUGAUAACAGUCAUGGUACCUAUAGAUUUUUAGAUAGGAUAAUCACAGAAUUGCUCAUAUACCAUGUGACGAUUGUUUAAUUCUAAGUGAAGUUGUGAUGUAGAUAUUCAGGAACACCAUCAUAUGACUACUGUUAUUGCCAGCAUAUGAAUUGUGCUCUCUACGUCUGGCAAAAAAAAAAAAAAAAAAAAAAAAAAAAAAAAAAAAAAAAAAAAAACCCGGACAUACACGGUGGACUCAGGAAACCUCGUCUCAAACACGAGAAAUGUGUUUAUAUUGAGAGAUUGAAGUUUCUGGGAUUUCCACCAGUGUCAUCAGGGUGUGCUGUGCUGGAGGCAGGUGUGUGAUACUACAAUUAAGGUUUUCCUUCUUCAGCAACUGUCACUGGACAGCAUGUUCAUUUCAACUUAAGGUUGGUGUGUGCGCUUUUGUGUUAAAAACAAAUGUUUAUAAUUCAACUGCCUUUGACUAUUAUAUUUUGAUAACAUAUGUAGUUCACUCUUCUGUAGAUUUCUGAAUUUAUAUAUAUUUUCUAAUUUGUACAGAACAGAAAUAUGAGAUACUCCAGGUCUCUUGUAUAUUUUUCCGGUAAGAUACAUGAGAAAGGAAUAUUUAUAAAACUUUUAAUUUCUAUUGUUCCAUUACACACACUUAAACUUAUUUUUAUGCAAAUAAAUACAUGAAUGCCCA